AUGGAGAAGACUGGCUCAUUGGAGAAUCUGGAUGGAAUAGGCAACAACAAUCCUGUGGAGAACGAGUUCCUGCAAGUUGUUUCUCAAGAGCUCCAGACAUUGCAGUCAGUGAUAGAGGAGGCAAACCAGCGGAUCGUUAAACUUCAGUCGGAGAUUGCAACGACAGGUUCCAAGGCGUCCGGAACCUGUGGGCGCAGCUAUGGCUUGACGAAGAGGCUGCCGCAGCACGUCAAUCCUGAUGUCCCGCCAGAAGAUGUCCAAUCCAGAGGCGGUCGCCAAGCAUCGAAUGAGGUGCAGGCAGUCCAGACACCAAGUCUAAGCAACACCAGCCCGGCAAAGUCAAUGGCCCGAGCAUCAGAGGACCCUGAUUGGGCCGACAAGGAAGAUGUCCAGGCACAGUUUGUACGCAUCGACACCUCCAAGAAUGGCUUUCUAUCGGCACAGGAGUUGACAGCUAUAGCUAUCACACACGGUCAGCAGGUCACCGUGAGGAGUGUUGUGAAUGCAGUGAAGUACAUCAACGACGGAGUGCCUUCUGUUCCCAGCGACGAAGGUGUUUUUGAGUCCAGCGACGCAGAAUGCGAUCAAAAUGGAUUCAUUCGACUCCGCUCCGACAAUGCUCUCAUCAAUGAGGCACCUACCGACAUAGCGGCCACCCUUCUAGCACUGCAAAAGUCGUUGGAGGAUGAGUCGGACAACCACGUUUUUGAAACCAGCAAGGCAAAGUUUAAUCAACGCCAGCGAAGUGCACUCAUUAAGGAGGCUAUGGAUGUGGGCAUCGUUUUUGUCAUUGCAGUGAAUGCGGCCGUGAUUGGCAUUGCAAUUGAGCUGCUGCUCAACAUGCUCGCAGGGGAUGAACGACAGGGUCAAAGUCAGUUGAACUUGCUAAAGGUUCUGCGGCUUGCUAGACUCUUUCGCCUGGUCAGAAUCAUGCGAUUCAAGAUGUUCAAGGAGCUGAAGCUUAUGGCCAUGGGACUUUUGUCCGGAAUACGCGCGUUGGCGUGGGCCAUUGUGCUGCUCAUGGUCGUGAUCUACAUGAUUAGCAUCGUUACAAAGUCCUUCUUCGGGGACUACCACGAAGAGUUUAGUACGGUUGGUGCUGGAAUGUUCACACUCUUCCGGUGCUUCACCGAAGCUUGCGAGACUUACGAGGGCGAUCCCAUCCCCGAAAAGCUUUACCUAAGGGGCGGCUUCUACUUUCAAGUAGGCUAUAUCCUGGUCACGAUGCUGGUCACAGUAGGUCUAUUCAAUCUUAUCUUGGCGGUGUUCAUUGACAACGUGACAAAAUCGCAGAACCAGCGGAAGCAGAAAGAGCUUGGCGAUUCGGCAAUUGAGACGGAAGUAAAGUUGAAGAUGUUACUAGCCAGGUUCAUCAAUGAACCCACAUCGUCGAAAGCUUCAUCACACAUGAUGGGGCGUUUUUCCGAAGACGUCACGAACAAACUCUCCAACUUGACAGAUGUCGCGAAAAAGCGGCACCAGCUCGAGCAACGGGUUUGUGCAGACGAAGCGUUGCUUGAAUGCAACAUCAACAUCACGCGUGGAAUUUUCCAAGCGUGGCUCCGGGAUUCUGAGUUUGUCAAAAUUCUGGAUGAGGCAGAUGCUUCUUGUCAAGAAAUGUUGGCAGGCGAAUUGUCUCCACAUGAGCUUCUCACAGGCCUGUUGAGUCUCCGAGGUGAAGUGACCAAAGGUGACGUUAUCUACAUUCUGUUGCGUGUUCGUGAUAUGACCCACCGUAUGGAGCAAUUGCAGCAAGAUGUACGCAGCCUCACCAGUGGGCCUCUUGGGGCAGAGAGCAGGCUUGGCUGA